GAAAACCUAAGGCACGUCUCUUAAUUAAGAGAGUUAAGACACGUCUCUUAGGAAGCACGUGUCAAAACAUUAUUGGGUAGAAGAUAGAUCUGAGUUUCAUCUGUUCUUUCUCUUCCUUCUCUUCCGUCGCUCGUGCGAUGUAGAUUCUCUUCGAAGAAGAAGCUUUGAUCGAUCGGUUUCGAUCAAAGUCAUAUUAAAACAAUGCUUCACGUCUUGAAAGACUACACAGGCGUCUCAUGUUUCCUCGUCCUGUUCGCGGGAAUCAUGUCUGGUCUGACUUUGGGGCUCAUGUCUCUCGGUCUCGUGGUGCUCGAGAUUCUCCAACUCAGUGGCACUCCCAACAAGAAGAAACAAGCCACUGUGAUAUUCCGGGUUGUUCAGAAACAGCAUCAGCUUUUAGUGACACUGCUUCUGUGCAAUGCUGUUGCAAUAGAGAUGAGAGGAUCAUUUGGUUCUUGAUCAAUUUUAUUGUUUCUUUGGAGUUUUCUCUUGAUCAAGUAUAUUUCUUCUGCCUCUCUUUGAUUGAAACUCUGUUUUCUUCAAGUCUUACAGAGUACUUAACCAAAGAUGCUUCAAGCCUUAUAGAUUACAUAAACAAAGAUGCUUUCUUGGUUUCUUGAUUAGGAAAAUGUCAAGUAUCUUCCCGGGAUUAAGCUAGGAAGAAACAGUCUGUUACUACUCUACAGGCCAUGGCUAAGAGAGCAAAAGCAGAGUUGAAAGGAGGGACUUUGAAGACAGUGAGUGAUAAAGGCAAUGGAAGCAACUCUGCGAAGAGUCUCACAGGUUCAGAGAAAGCGAAGCACUUAAAGAAGACUGAAUUGGUCAAGAAACCAUUGCCUAAGAUGACAAAGACUCCAGGAAAAUCAGUGGUUGAAGUAAAAGAACGUAAAGGACCAGGUUCAAGGGGCUCGCAGGAGAUAAAGGAUCAUGGCCAUGUAAAGUUUCUACUCCCCGGUUUUCCUAGAAGCUCACCUAAGACAAAGUAGUCAUUCCCUCAAAAGCAAAAUUCUAAAAGUAAUCAGUUCGCAGGUUAUCCGGUAAUAAGACCAAAGGCAUUACCUUUUAAGUCACCAAUGAAAAACACAACUUGUAUCUUGAUUCUUUAGAGAACUCAUUUGUUAAGCAGUUGUAUUCCUUGCUUGCGGGAGGAGAGACUCAGACUAAAACUCGUGGUAUGCAGUCUAAACAUCACUUUGGUGUUUUUGUCUCAUUCAGUCACAUGUAAUCUUGUGAGUUUGAGUUUGUUGAUUCA